ACGCCAUAAGGGCGCGCCGCCGCGCCGAGGCCGGGCUGGCGGGGAGUGGACGGCGGCUCGCUCCGGCCAUGUCCGCGGAGAGGCGGCUGGGCUCGGGCCGAGGCAGCCAGGGCAUCAAGUUGUCAGCAGAGGUCAAACCAUUUGUUCCAAAACAUGUGGCGGUAACUGUGGCAUGGUCAGAACCCUCAGAAGCAUGUGUGUUUCCUAGGUACUUAACUACAUGCUACCCAUUUGUUCAGGAACCAUCUUUGGAUAAGCAACAAGUAUACGCUGAAGAUUUGCCCCGGGAUGACUUCUCAUCUCUUUCUCAAUGUCCAUCACAUAGUGUUCUGGGAGAUCCUGCCUUCCGUGAAUACUCCAGCUGCUCUUACUCACCUGAUGUUGUUUCAAAUCCAUAUCCAGUAGCUGGCUCAAAAUAUCAUUCUAACAGCUCAACACACUAUAAUGGUUCAGGAAUAGUCAGUAAAUCUGCUGAGCGAACGUAUCCAAUCAGACAAGAAAGUAGGAAUCUUUCAAAGCAGAGGAGAUCAAAAGAGGGUGAGAAAAAGCCAGACAAGAAAAGGCACGAUGGAGAUGACUCUUCUGUCAGAAUUGUGAACAGGACUUCAUUCCAGACUUCCGCAUGCAGCAGAGAUUCCGUGAAGCCAGACAGGUUCAGUAAAACUACAAACAAGAAGUCAACUCAAACUCCAAAAACAGAGUCUCUUCCUGUGCCCGUAUUUGAAGCUACCGCUCUGGAUUUCCACAAGUCACAGAGUUUGGGAAGCAGCGAGAUACUGAAUGUGCAUCAUAAAAGUGGACCAAUAUGUUCAGCAGAACGUAACAUUACGUGCCUUAGUCAACCACAGAUGUCUCUUUUGUUGAACACAGAGGAAGAUACUUCUGUGGAAAGCAAAGCUUCAUCAAAAACUUUAGAUGAAACAGUAGUCAGCUUAAUUCCCUCUCCAUUUGGUGGUAGAGCAGCGUUUCCUAAAACACCUGCAGAUGGCUCUGCUCAGCCACACGUGUCUUGGGCCAAGGUACUUUCACAGCCCCCAAAGAAAAUUGUGUCAUCACCAGCAUCUGAAAAUCUUUCCAGCGGCAAAGGGAAGCAGGAUAGUGAAGCAAAGCAGUCAGAAACAAAAAAUGACGCUAGUGAAACUGAGCCUGAUGAAGGGUCAGAAAAGAAGAAGAAAAAGAAGAAAAAGAAGAAAAAAACAAAGGCACCCACUGAUGUAGAGAAACCUCAAGAUGAAUCUAGUACUGUACAGGAACCACCAAAGAUUGAGGAUGCUGAGGAGUUUCCUGAUCUGGCAGCUGCUUCUGAUAGGAAAAACAGACUAGGAACUCAGAAAUCAUCAUUUACUCCUGCUUCCAGAAAGCGGUCUGAAAUCCAUCUUCCUGAAGAGCCUUGGGAUAGUCAGUCUCCCACACUGGAUGGAACUCCCAAGGUGGAGGGACUGUCAGGGAAGCAAGCUUCAUCUUCUGUAUUGGAAAGAAAGAAAAUGCAGGAAACAUCCAGGAGCAGUGGUAAGAAGAGUCAAAUUCCUGUGCAGUUGGAUUUGGGUGGCAUGCUGGCAGUCUUGGAGCAGAAGCAGCAGACAGAGAAGACAAAACAGUCUUCUAAACCUGUGGUGUUUUCAGUUGGUGGUGCCAUACCAUUGCUUUCUAAAGAACCUGCUACAGCCACAAAAAGUCACCGAUUAAGCCAAGGGAAGAUGCCUCAUAACCCUUUGGAUUCCAGCGCUCCUUUGGUAAAGAAAGGGAAACAGAGAGAAGUCCCUAGAGCAAAGAGACCAACACCUCUUAAAAAGAUUAUUCUGAAAGAAAGAGAACAACGGAAACAGCAACACCUGUUAGAACAGAGAGCAAAAUCAAAAGAUGAAGAUAAUACUUGUCAGUCUGCAGAAAAUAUUGCUGAAGAUGAAACGCUUCUACAGGAUAGUCAAGCAGCUGUUCCUGUAACGCAAGUUGCUGAAGGGGUUCCGGACAACACAGGUAUCCAGGUAUCUACAGAAGCUUCUGUGACUUCAAAGCAGCUAACCUCCAAUCUUCCAAAAAUCCAUAGUAGGAAUUUUAGAGAUUAUUGCAGCCAGGUACUUAGUAAAGAAGUUGACAGUUGUGUGACAGAUCUCUUAAAAGAACUGGUUCGUUUCCAAGAUCGCUUGUAUCAGAAGGACCCAGUAAAGGCCAAGAUAAAACGCAGGCUUGUUAUGGGUCUUAGAGAGGUUUUGAAACACCUGAAGCUGAAAAAACUGAAGUGUGUCAUCAUCUCUCCUAACUGCGAAAAGAUUCAGUCAAAGGGUGGGCUGGAUGAGACUCUACACAACAUUAUCGACUGUGCCUGUGAACAGAAUAUCCCAUUUGUUUUUGCCCUUAAUCGCAAGGCCCUAGGCCGCUGUGUGAACAAAGCAGUGCCUGUGAGCGUGGUGGGAAUCUUUAGCUAUGAUGGAGCUCAGGACCAUUUUCACAGAAUGGUACAACUGGCAACAGAGGCCAGGAAGGCCUACAAAGAUAUGAUAGCAGCUUUAGAGGAACAAGCUGAAGGAGGACUAAGAGAAACCCAACCCAGCGUCUUAACCACUGAAUAUGAAAAAAAAGGCUUACCAGAAACUGGUAAAUCAUCUUCCAAGGACUCUGAUGAGGAUGUACCAAAUUAUAUUAAAAUCUGGAAGAGAAAACUUGAAGAAGAGUAUAACCCGUAUGCACUGGAACUGGAAAAGAGAGCAACUGCUGACAUAGUGAAUUCGGAAGAUCAUCAGUAAAUCCAGAUGCAGUUCUAUUGGGCUUUCAACUUUUUUUGUUUUAGUUUGUUUUUGUUUUUGUUUUGGGUUUUUUUGAUGCAUAGGAAGAAGGUAGCAAGAGUAUCUCAAGUCAGUUAAGUAAACUGUUCUGAAUCCCUUUAAGCAAAAUACACACUGAGGCACUGGCUAAUGCUUUCACGUUCUAAAUAUUUGACUGAUUACUACAGCAGAUGGCAACAGCAAACUGUCUUAGCCCUGAACUGCUUGGACUGGCGUGGCAUACUUUAAUGGUUUAAUGGACUAGCAUUGAUUUGCUAGUGAUAACCAGUAUACCAAAAGAAUUUGCUAGAAAAAUAAUUUUAUUUGUGAAGAGAUUCCAUGAGCCAGAAGGUUGGGACUCGUAGAGAGUUGCUUUUUAUUUUUAACUCUUGUUUAAGGAACUUCCACUGUUUCUUGAUUGUGGGUUUGCUUUUGUCUUUUUUUUCUAAAUAAACCUGCUCAGGUGGGCAGGUUGGUAUCAAUGUCACUUUCUUCCAGUCAGCAAGAAAUUAAUUCAGGGCAGGCAGCUUGAUUGAAACUAAUUAAAGAAGGCCAUGAUGACAGAGUUCCCAGGUAACUCUUCUGUGUGACAUUUUGUUCUUCUGGGAUCAUAGAGCAGGUAAAAAGGAGAGAGUGUAGCCUGCAAAGGUCUGAAAUUCCUGAAGUGAAAAUGCUGUGUUUAGGAAUCUUACAAUGUUGAUUAACCAUAUAAUGAUGAUGAUUCUGCUGCUACUGAGACUAGUUUCUCAUACGUUCGGCUUUGAAGUUAGGAGUAUGUUGAAGGACGGCACAUGUGCCAGCCUGCUGUCCUGUCUAUACCUCCUCUGUGCCAACAGACUCCUCAUUCCCUCAGUUUGGGGUUGUGUUGGUGUAUAUAGUUGUUAAAGAGUUUUUGAUCAAUCUCAGUUUGUAUCUAAGGUAAGGACAAUUUGUAUCUUAGAGGAAACAAAAUUUUAAAAACACCAAAUAUGCUUAUAAUGAUGGUGGAGUGUCAUGGUGGGAACGUGCUAUAUAAAUACCAUUGUUUACAAGUUGCAGACAUAGGAAGACAAGACUAAGGAAAGUAAUUCAAGGAUGCAUAUGUGAUUUCUGCCAGCUGUUCUCAGAGAUGAUAUAGAUGCCAUGUGCUGCUGCCAGUGUCUCUGAAGUGUGUCUGUAAGUGCUUUACCACAUGGAACAUUUGUAGUGCAAUACUUCAGAAAGUAGCUGCCAUGUGAAGUUAGAAAUUAUAUAAAAAUUUUCAAUAAUUUUGAAAUUCAAAGUUUUGUAGAAUGUAAAUUGUAUAAAACCUGUUACAAUAUAUUGAUUCUAUUAAGUAUGGUGUGAUUUAAAUAAACUCUUCUGGUGGGCA